GUAGUGUGCGGGUUGGUGGUGUACGCGGGCAGCAGUGCCAUGCGUGGCUGCGUGCCACCCGCCUACACUCAUACACCGACCACCACUUCUCCUGAACACACCGCACUCAUCUCUACCUCUCCUCGCAGUCACCCCAGAAAGUUUCUAUAGUGCAGUGGUGCCGUUACAGCCUCCCCGGAUAUUACUCCUCUCAGGGGAAAAUAUUUUGAAAGUUCAUAUUGGUAGGUAAACAUUGGCGCGGAGAUUAUUGGAACGCUACUUUUGUUGUGAACACCGGGACGGUCAGCGUCUCAGAUUAUGUGGUGAGGGUUGAGGAAAGAUGGAUCCUGGGCAGCAGUUUUGUUUACGUUGGAAUAACUACCAAUCAACACUACAACAUGUUUUUCACAAGCUCUGGAUGGCAGGAACAUUUGUGGAUGUUAGCUUGGUGGUGGAGGGUCAGAGGUUAGACUGCCAUAAAGUGGUGCUAUCUGCGUGUUCUUCAUAUUUUGAAAAUAUUCUUCGGGAUCACAGCAGCCAUCCACAUCCACUAAUUUUGCUGCAUGAUUUACCUUACUCAGCAGUGGAGGCACUUGUGACAUUUAUGUAUAGGGGAGAGGUUAAUGUAAGUCAAGAGCAACUAGCAGCUCUUCUAAAAGUUGCAGAAACUCUCAGGGUAAAAGGGUUGGCAGACUCUAAUGCCAUCAACAGCUUCACCAAACGUCAGCUGCUUGAACGAUGCAUUCCUCUCUUGGAGCAUGCUCCUGGCAAUGUCUCAGUGCCUAAUCCAGUAGCUAACACAUUAGGUGCAAUAACUAUUCCAACCACAGUUAUCAAUCAUCCCAGAAUGACAACUAAUAGAGGUAUGAGUACUGGAAGAACAGGGUCAGGAAUGGUGAGACACAUGUCCACUGGGAGUAUGAAGAGGGUGGAAGUAGGUACAACAAAUCUGGGUCCACAAAAGAAGCGGUCCCGUCAUGAAGAACACACAGCCACUCUGCCUCUCACACCACCUGCUUCCCUGAAUGAUACACCACCAAGUGAAACAUCUCAACCCUCACCAGCAGUUCCAGCAGUGCCAAUUGAGGUAUUCAAACAAGAAGCUGCUGAUGAAACAGAUGGAGAGCUUCAGAUAGACGAGUCUGCUGGCCAGUCACCGAUAAAUCCUGCUGAAUGUGAUUCCAAUUCCAUAGAUCCCUUGGGUGAUGCUGAAACUGAAGAUGAAUGUUUUCAAAGGGUGUCAAAUGAAGUGCCUUCAACUGUGCAGCAUGAUGUUCAUUCAACUGUUGCAUCUAACAUUCAGCCUUCUCUAACACAAGAAAUCUGCGACCCUUCUCGACCAUUUCAGCAAAUAAAUCAACCCCCAGUUGACGGCGUAACCAAGGAACGAUGUGGAGGAGUUGGUGGAAAGUCUUGUGAGAGAACAUACACACAUUUGGACCUAGAGGAAGGAAUUGAAGCAGUCCUCUUGGGCCAUCUGACUCCAGCCAAAGCUAUAGCACAAUACCGUAUCCCUCGAAGAACUUUCUUUCGGAGACUGUCUGCUGUUCGAAAGAGCCGGGGAAUUCCAUCGGCUAAGGAAAAUGCAGCUGAUCAUUUUCUCACUGGUGCUUCUGCAGGUGGUGAAACAACCACUCAGUUGAUUAUUCCUGUUUCUGAUUCUUCGGGAUCUUUUGCUGCAUCAAUUAAGAUCAAAUCAGAAAAGCCUGUGCUAAUAGCACCAAAAGAUGGAAAGAUUAAAUUAAAAAAAGGUGAGGGAGUAGUAAUGGCUCCUAAUAACAGCUACUUUUCUUUGCUCAACUUAGCGGCUACCAAUAACUAUGAUGCCUAUCUAAACUAUCUCAAACUUGUUGCACAACAGGAUGACAAUGCCAAUCCUGAAGAGGUUAUUGAGGCAUUACGAAAAGGUCAGGUAAAGGAAGUGAAGCCAGCUGUAGAUGAUAACAGGAAUGUUUCUGAGGCAGCUUUGGCUCUUGUUGCUCACAAUGUGUCUGCUGACUAGCAUCGCACAAUAUCUGAACAAUUUGAUCAAAGUGAGAGGGGAAAACUUCCACGUUGGGCUUUAUUUAGCCCAGUGCCAAUUGCAACUAACCAUUCCAUUCAACAUUCCAUUAGGUUAAGGUUACAUGUAUAUACAUAUAUUUAAAUGGAUGGGGGCUUAGUUGAUAUCCUUUAGCCAAAGCAUAUCUCCCUGAAUUUGAUACAGCAUAUUUUUUGCUAAAUGACCUAAACAGAAUCUCAGUAUUAUCUGCUUUUAUAUCAUAUUUUUAUACUUGAAAAUACAAAAAAGGUUUUGUUUUUAGUACUGGAAAAUUAAGGCAAAAUUAAAUUUAAAAGACUUCAUACAAGGUCAUGAAAACUUGUAUUCCUUAUUGAUUAAAUGCAUCAUUCCAUUUUAAUUUUGCUAUUAAUCCAUGUGUAAUGUUUCUGACCUGUCUGAAAAGGGAUGUUAUGUAUCUCAGACCUCAUAUUUGACAGUUGAAUAUUAUUGCCAUUAUGAAGGUGGGAGGUUUGAUAUAUUUUAUCAACAUUGAAAGUCUCAAAAGCUGUGAUAACAUUUGGUACUUUUUUAAUUUUUACUAAUAAUCAUACUCAAUUUGCACAUUUUGGCCUUCUCAAGUUGCUCUCUGCUUCUGUGAACUCUUACCUUGAUUAUUGUAUAGGGUAAUGUUAAUUUCCAUCUUUCUAAACCUCUGGUAUUUAUUUGUCAAUGUAAUAGAAGCAUGUUUCCUAUCUUUUUGUGGUGAUGGACUUUUAUUUUGUAUAUAUUUUUUUUCUGUACAAGGGGACUUUUGUAUAUUUUUCUUCAUAUAAGGCAGUUCUGGUUCAAUGAAACUUUUCACCAAUAUUUUCUUUAAAUAUUAUUGUUGAUAUGUUUAUUAUAAUCUCAGUUUUUUUUUUUUUAUCCUUUUCAAUGAAAGACAUGAUUAGAUUUUUUUUAUUGUGCUUUGUUGGGUGCUUUUCUUCUGAGUAUGUUGAACAAAGAACUGUCUGUUAAGUCUUGUCUUGGUUGUGGGGCUCACUUGUACCUGUAGUUGCUCAGCUAUCCUUAGAUGUAGACAUCAAAUAGUGUAGUAAAUGUAAUUUUGCAGGCAUUGUUGGUCAGUGACUUUCCUAUUGUUGUCACCGUUAGCCCAACAAUGGUGGCACAUUUUGAAAUAAUGGUUGGGCUAGUGCCUCAGAUUUUGCAAUCUCUUUCCAUUAUGAUGUACUUUCUUGACCACUUUAAGCCUAUUGUAUGAGCUCUGGAAAGCUCUUGUUCCUAUAGAAAAUAUUAUUAGAAGUUAUUUUAUAUGUACUCUGAAUAUCCAUGGUACAACACUGCUGUGUAGCCAUUAGUCUUAACUAUGACCUGGGAAAAUGUACUUUAGUUCCAUGACCAAGGAGCAUAUCAUAGUCUUUACGACCCUAAGAAACAUGCCUGAGUUAUGUGACGUGAGGCAAGUCGUAAUUUAAUGACCUGACAUAGUGUCAUAGCUAGGAAAGGUGGCAGCUGUGAUGAAUUCAUUGUUUUCUUCAUUCAGGACAGUGUGAUGAUGCAACUUGAUAUGGCUGUGAUGAAUGCAUUCAAAAUGUUCCAUCUCCUAUUCAUUACAUGUACUGCUAAGGGAAAUUAGUCAGUUUAAAAUAAUUUUGCUUAGUUGAUAGUACCAUUUACUAGAUAUACCAACUCUUGAAGAGUUAUCCGUAUGGCAAACCUGUAUGAUUGUCCAAGACACUUUUUAAUUUUUGUGGAAUAAUAAUAGUUUGAGGAAAUAAAUUUAUAAAUAUUAAUUUUAAUUGCGAUGUUGCAGAUCAUAUAUACAGGUUUUGCUUUUGGAUAAUCUUGUGUUGGCUAUAUAAUUACUGUUAGCAGCAGUUAUCUCUUAGCUCAUUUGUUAGAGUCAUUUGUUAGAUAACAAAAAGGCAGCUUUUUUGAGGAAGUGCAAAUAACCUCUCUCAUUUAAAUGUAUUAAAACAAUGGCAUUACUAAGUUAAGUUAAUAAUUAGCGAUCUCAUGUUUUUACAUUUUAUGCCUAAGAAUACUGUGUGUUAGUGGCAUCUGCCUCUUGCUUAUCACUGUCUGGGUACCUGUUUUAGCUGGUGGCCAUAUGUGUUGCUGAUUAAAAUUUGUAAUUAUUACUGUAUUACCUUUUUUUUUGGGCUAUCAGCUAUGUCUGAAAAGUGCAGUGUACAUUUUCUGCAUUUUUAUAUAUUGGGGCAUUGAAAGUUUCUGUAAUUAUUUUGUAUUUUUGUGUAUUUCUGUACCCAUCUCCUGCCAUCAGUCAUGGCUGGGACAAACUAGGCCCUGAAAAUGUAACUUGCUUUGUGUAUGCAAGCAUUUGUAUUUUGUCAUUAGUGAAUUUUGUAUUAUAUUUUGCUUUGUUGCUCUCAGUUUAAAAUAUUAUGAUCUGGUAUGUACUUAAAGAUCUGAAGAAAACUGUGAUAAAAGGUAGCUUUUCUACGCUUGAACACAUUCCAUGUUAUCCUUUUUGGAGAAACAAAAUGCACCAUUCCAUACCCUGUGAUAAUACGUGUGUCUUGUAUAUUGUCUGGCCUAUCCAUAGGGUACAUUAUAGUCCCAAAGUGUGAGCAGUGAAACAGAUAAUAAGUUCAGGCAGUUACUAAACAUGAUUCUGUGACAAAAGUGUGUUUGUGUGUGUGUGUGUGUGUGUGUGUGUGUGUGUGUGUGUGUGUGUGUGUGUGUGUGUGUGUGUGUGUGUGUGUGUGUGUGUGCCUUACCUAAUAAGCAAAGACUCGUGAACUGAACUGCUAUGAAAAUUAUUUUAGAAAAGCUUGUCUUAAUUAUAAAUGACCUAUCCUUGCUAGAAUUUAAGUAAUAUAGCUUAAUUCUACCCAAUGUAUUUAAAGGUCAGCAUUGAUUGAAUUUGUAUUAUUUAGCAUCAAAGAAAUAUGUUACUUUUGUGAAGUUCAGACUUAUUUUUACAGUUAUAACAAAAAUAUAUGUAGUAUAUGCUCUGCUUGUUUGGCAGAAUGAUUGUUCCUUUAUAAGCUCUGGCAAAAAUGCAUAUUCUGUAUGUGUAUAUAUUUGUGUGUAUGUACGUGUGUAUGUAUAUUACAUAUAUAUUUUUAUCAUGUGUAUGUGUGUGCAUGCGUGUGUGCACUCACUAGCACCCAUUUGUACUCACCUCGCCUGUUUGUAGUCGCAGGAGCUGGCCCCACUUCUCAGCUUGUGGCUUGCCAGAUUCACUCCCUCUUAGCUUAGUGGGACCUGUCAUACCCACUUUUAAAAUUAUGUAUUGAGCCCGCCUUCCCCAUUUUGCCAAGAUCAUUCCAAUUUCUGACCACCGAUAAAAUACUUCUUGACAUCCCUUUGGCUAAUCUGUCUAACUUCCAGGUUUGCUCUCGAGUAUUUUGCCUCUCGGACAGCCUGUUCCCAUCUACCCUAUCAUUCCAUUUCAGUAUUAUGUAUGUUAUCAUGUCUCACCUGGUUCUUCUGUUCCCCAAGGUCAUUGGAUUCAGUUGUGUUAGCUUCUCAUAGCUCAUGCCCUUUAGCUCUGGAACAAGCUUUGUUGUAUACUUCUGCAUUGUCUCCUGUUUCUUAGCAUAGUUUUUCAGGUGUGUGCUCUGUACUAAUACUGCAUUGUCCAAAAGGGCCUGGCAUAUAUUAUAUAAAGGGUCUGGAAUGACUCUCUGUUGAUAUUCCUGAAAACUAUUCUAAAGAUUUACCAGUUAGCAGUAAUUAGCUAUGUAGAAGAAUAAAUGGGCACAAUACUGUGACUGGAACAAUAAACUAAUAAUUAGCACACAGGAGAAUGUGUGACAGGUUAAUCACCCAAGUUGAACCAAAUUGUUUUCAGAAAUGUAUAGCUGCAGAGCUUAUUUGGCUGAGGUGAGUUUCUCUGAGUGAGGUCUGUAGUCUAUCCUCGGAUUUUAACUCCUUGUCUGGCCUUCUGGCCCCUUUCCCAAUCUUCGUUGUCUUGCCUUUGCUGAGAUUAAAUUCAAGUGCCCACUUAUGUGACCAAUAUUUCAGGUUGUUUAGAUUUAUUUGCAGCCUUUCCCUAUCCUCAUCUGAUUUUAUUCAUUAGUUUUACAUCAUCAGCAAACAGACAUAUAUGACUCGCUCUCCUCAGAUAUGUCAUUCACAUAAAUCAGACACAGUACUUGUCCUCAUAGCAAUCCUUGCAGAAUCCUGGUUGUGACAUCUCUUCCUGGAGCCACUGCCUCUUUUUCCCUAUGUAUUCUUUGAUCCACCAGACUGUUCCCUGUUAUACCUGCUUGUGCCUCAAGUUUUUGCCAGUCUUUUGUGGGGUACAAUAUCGAAUGCCUUCUCAAAGUCUAAGAAAAUGCCAUCCAUCCCUCUC